AUGGAUCUGGGCCAGGAGCUGCUGGGAGCGCUGCGCUUUUCCCAUCUGCCUAACGGGCUCUACCCGUCAUACAUUCCCUUGAGCCACCUUGAGCCCCCCAGUGCCGGCAGUCCUCUCCUGGCCCAGCUGGGUCAGCACAGCCUCUUCGAGUCACAGAAAGAUGGUUUCUACCUGUCCAGCCACGCAGGCCAGUCCGCUUUGCACCCACAGCCUCCACUCUCGAGGACCUCGGGCAACCACACAUCGAGCACUUUGCUCCGGGAGAAGGACCUUGGGCAGCUUCACAAGAGCUCGAAAGAAAGUUUGAAAGACCCUGGUGGGAAGGAGCGGGCAUGCCGGAGUGAUCUGUCCCUGCCCUUUGCCAAGAAGGAGGGCAAGCCAAAGGAGGAGCCCCGGCCCCGCAGUGUGGUAGACCUCACACAGGACACCAAGCCUGACAGCGACCGGAAAGUGAGUGUGGUGGAGAAGGCAGGGAAGGUUGGUGAGCGUCUCUCACCAUUCGUGGCUGAGCACAUGCCAAAUCGGGCCAUGGGUGGUGGGGAACCCAAAUCCAAGAACCCGCUGCAGAGCUCUUCCCUUAGCAACUGCAACGGUGGCGGGGACCCCAUGCUGAAGGUCCUGGGUGCUGAGCAGGAACGCUGUGCUAAGGAUCCUGCUCGGCACGAUGAGAACAUGAGGCCUUCUGCACAUGCCCACGCUGAGCGGCUGAAGCGGGGGGAGCCCCUCCUGCCCUCCCCGGGGAAGAUGACGCCGGCCACAACAUUCCCUCCACAGCCCAUCCAUUCCAGCAUAUACACCAUCUUCCCACCGGCCAAGGAGCUGGGGAGGGAGCACAAAGUCAUCGCCCCCACCUUCGUGCCUUCGGUCGAAGCCUACGACGAGAGGAGUGGGCCCAUCCAGAUUGCCUCACAAGCCCGUGACAACAAGGUGAAGGACAAGGACCUCGGCAAGGUGGGGGUGCUGCAGUCGCCCACAGAGCGGUGCCUCGCAGAUGCCUCCCGCGCGCUCUUGUCCCAGGACUUUUCUUGCCACAGCGAUGCCAAAAGGAUGGAGGCUCUGCGGGAGAAGGGCUCAGUGAUCAGGGCGAACUCAAUGGCACUGAAGAGACAGGUCGCUUCAGAGCCCUUCCUCAACCGGCCAGGACUGGGCUCCCCGGAGAGCAGGGAGUUCCUGGCCUCCAAGGACUUCUCCAAAGAAGCAGCAAAGGUCUACGGCACUUUGGACUCCUCCCGGCAGCACCUGGACCACAGUCAGCUGAAACCACCUGAGCAGAAGUGGAAGCCCUUUGAGAUGGGCAACUUUGCAACCACGCAGAUGGCGGUGCUGGCCGCCCAGCACAACCACGCCAGCCGGGCGGACGAGGAAGCCAAGAAGGUCUACCUUGACCCCAGUGGCUUGCCGCGGUCCUCGGUGGUGGGCUCGCGAGGUGCCGCGGAUGUCCUCCACCCUGCCUCCCACGGCGAGGGGUCGGCCAUGCAGAGCCUCAUCAAGUACAGCGGCAGCUUUGCCAAGGAGACCACAUCCCGGCAGAGCUGUGGCAAAAAGAGCCCCUUCGGUGGCUUGGGCAACAUGAAGUUGGACUCUUCGCAGCUGGGGGCCUCCAAAGUGCAGCAGUUGCUGUCGCAGCAGCCAGCAAAGCAGCUGAAGAGGGACCCUGAGAGACCAGAGAGUGCCAAGUCCUUUGGCCGCGAGAGCAUCGGCUCCCAGGGCGAGGUGGAGGUGAGGCACUUGCCCGUUGGCAUCGCCGUGGCCGUGGCCCGGCAGAAGGACAACAGCAGCAGCAGCAGCAGCAAACUGGGACCCAGCUUGGCAGACCGGGAUCGCUCGCUGUCCCUCAGCAGCAUCAAAGGGCAUGGACGCUCAGAAGAUGAUUGUGGGGACGAGAGGAGCCGCCACCGGGACAGCCACCUCCUGGCAGGGCGCUUGGAGCGGGAUCAGGAGAAGCUGCUCAGAGAGAGCAAGGAGCUGGCGGAUUUUGCCCGGAUACACCCCUCUGGCUGUGCCGCCAACGGUUUGAACUCCAACCUCAUGGUGACAGGAGGCCCAGCCUUGACGGGCUCUGGGCGCUGGUCUGCAGACCCGGCUUCGCACUUGGCAGCCCAUUCCUGGCUGCCCAGGACGGGGAGCCCCUCCAUGUGGCUGGCCAGCCAUCCCUAUGGACUUGGUCACCCUUCCCUGCACCAGGGCAUGACUCCAGGCUUUCCCCCUGCCAUGGGUGGAGCUCUCCCUUCUGCCUACCAGUUUGCCAGAGACCCACAGUCUGGGCAGCUUGUUGUGAUCCCAAGUGAGCACUUGCCACACUUUGAGCUGAUGGACCGGGCGCCCCCGCUGUGGCCUGCGAUGUACCCCCCGACCAGGAGCUCCCUCCAGCAUGCUCACCAGCUCCAGCUCCUCUCCCAUCAGCAGCUGCUGAGGCAGCACGAGCUCUACAUCCUGCAGCAGCAAGCGGCCCACGCCAUGGAGCUGCAGAGGAGCGCCCAGCUCGUGGAGAGGCUGAAGGCGAACGAGCAACGUGCAGAUAUGGAAGAGAAGGUGACGAAACGGAGCCUGGACAGUGCCAAAUCAGGCCUUUCCUCCUCUGCCACGGGACUGGUGCACCGAAAGCCACCUGUGCUGUCUCCCAGUGCCUCCACAUCCUACAGCAAGGCUGUGAGUCCACCUCCCCUCUCUCCCAGGGCCUCACCCGUGUCUGUGCUCAAAGCUGAGGUGAUCCAAAAGAUGGAGGAGCCACCUUCGCAGCCAGCCUACUCCUACCCUGCCACCCCCAGCUCCCAUCCUUCCAGCCCUCCCCCUGCCUCUCCACCCCCUGCCCCUGCCAUCCCUCCAAAAGAAGAGGCACCUGAGCCCGUGGAGAAGAAAGACCUGGAGCUGGAGAAGGAGGCUGCUGGUCCAUAUCAGGCCUUGUUCCCAGGACUUGGUCACCCUUCCCUGCACCAGGGCAUGACUCCAGGCUUUCCCCCUGCCAUGGGUGGAGCUCUCCCUUCUGCCUACCAGUUUGCCAGAGACCCACAGUCUGGGCAGCUUGUUGUGAUCCCAACAGAGCUGAUGGACCGGGCGCCCCCGCUGUGGCCUGCGAUGUACCCCCCGACCAGGAGCUCCCUCCAGCAUGCUCACCAGCUCCAGCUCCUCUCCCAUCAGCAGCUGCUGAGGCAGCACGAGCUCUACAUCCUGCAGCAGCAAGCGGCCCAUGCCAUGGAGCUGCAGAGGAGCGCCCAGCUCGUGGAGAGGCUGAAGGCGAACGAGCAACGUGCAGAUAUGGAAGAGAAGGUGACGAAACGGAGCCUGGACAGUGCCAAAUCAGGCCUUUCCUCCUCUGCCACGGGACUGGUGCACCGAAAGCCACCUGUGCUGUCUCCCAGUGCCUCCACAUCCUACAGCAAGGCUGUGAGUCCACCUCCCCUCUCUCCCAGGGCCUCACCCGUGUCUGUGCUCAAAGCUGAGGUGAUCCAAAAGAUGGAGGAGCCACCUUCGCAGCCAGCCUACUCCUACCCUGCCACCCCCAGCUCCCAUCCUUCCAGCCCUCCCCCUGCCUCUCCACCCCCUGCCCCUGCCAUCCCUCCAAAAGAAGAGGCACCUGAGCCCGUGGAGAAGAAAGACCUGGAGCUGGAGAAGGAGGCUGCUGGUCCAUAUCAGGCCUUGUUCCCAGAGAUCCCCCCCGGAUAUCCCUUCCAGUCCCUGCCUCCUUCCUUUGGAAGACACUAUCCCUACCUCCUCCAGCCCACUGCAGCAGCUGAUGCAGAUGGCCUGGCUCCUGAUGUCCCGCUGCCUGCUGAAAGCUCUGAGCACAUGGAGCUUUCUCCAGAGGUCAAGCCCAUCCACCUGUCUCCGUCCAAAAUGCUAGAGCCCAUCCAAGCCACAGCAGAGGAGGAGUCCUUGGAAGAGAGGGUGAAAUCAGAGGUGCAGGUGGAGGAAAGUCAAGAAGGCAUCUGUGAGCAGGACGUGGGCACUCUCAACAUCACCACCUCCGCAGCCGUCCCAGUGCAGAAUGUGGACAAUUGCAAUCUCCUGUUGCAUCAAGGGGAAGCCCUGGGUGCUAUGGAGCAGGACCAGGAAGACCUUCAGAGCUGCCCACCUCCUUACCAGGUUGUGGCCUGCCCUGCAGAAGCCGAGGCUCAGGCAGAGACUGGGAGUGGAGCAGAAACCUGCUCCGUGCACAUGGACUAUGACGGUUCGCUGGUGCACACGGAGAACGAGCCGCCCGAGAUGGACUUGACACCCCAGCGGGAGGAGGCCCCUGUAGCCAUGGAUCUGCAGAGCGCUGAUGUGCCCCGGGGGAGGGAGUUCCCCAGCCUGACCCCUGAGGAGGAGGAGCAGGGGACAGAGAUCCCUUCUUACACAGAAGAGGCAAUCUCUUGCCAGAUCCCAGCUCUGGACAUCAAGCCGGGCGACCCACUGGCUGGGAUGAACGCUUUGGUGGCUGCCACAGAAAUGCCUCAGGCCUGUUCCUUGUUGACUACCACCAGUGUCACUCCGUCCCAGAUGAAGGUGGAGGUGUUACCUGACCAGGCUUUGGAGCACUCCUUCCUGCAAGGGAUCACUUUGCUGAGUGAAAUUGCAGAGAUGGAGCUGGAGAAACGAAAGCAAGAAAUGCAGACGGGUCCAGAGAGUUUCCCUGUCCGGCCAACACUGGAGAGUUUGCUGGCUGCCAGCACCCACAUGCUCAUGGAAGUACUUUCCACCCCGUUUAUGGAAAGUCUGAAAACCAUCCGUCUGCCUCGCGAGCUGAAUCCCAACAAAAAGUACAGCUGGAUGCAGAAGAAGGAUGAACCUAUGUACUCCAUCAAAUCAGCCAUCGAGAACAUGGAUGCAAUGGAGCUGGACUACAGGAUGCGGCUGGCAGAGCUGCAGCGGCGCUACAAGGAGAAGCAGCGGGAGCUGGUGAAGCUGCAGCGCCGCAGGGACUCCGAACUGAGCAAGUCCUUGUUGCUCUCUGAAGACUCUGAGACUGGCGAGGGCAUGAAGAAGAGGCACAAAGGGGCCCUCCCGGAGGAUGAUGAGGAUGUGGAGAGCAGCAGUGGCAAGAUGAAAGGGAGGAACCAGAGCUGGGAAGAGCAUGAUGCAGCUCCCAGCUUCUCAAAUGAGUUGAAGCUCAAAAAGAAGAAGGUGCCAUCAGAUCAGGAGCAGCUGGCCAGCAAGCUUGACAAAGCCCUGUCACUCACCAAACAAGACAAACUCAAAUCCACCUUCAAGUUUGCUGACAGCUCUGGGGGAAAGCUGAAAACUAGUGGAGGUGGCAGCAGGUACCUCCCACCCCAUGAUGCUCUGCCGAGCAAGGAAGAAAAGAAGACCCUGGCCAAGAACCUGGGCCUGUCACUGAAAGCCACCAAGGAAGGUAAAAACAAAGUGGCUGCCAAAAUGAAGAAGAUGGAGGUGGGGUUAAAGGUCAAAAAUCAGCUCAAGGUUUCCCAUUCACCAGCAGUAUCUGAAGUUAGCAGCUACUCCUAUAAUACGGACUCGGAUGAGGAGGGAUCCCGGAGGGACGAGUGGCCGGCGCAGCCCCCGGCCAGGCCGCGACCUCCCGGCCUCUACAGCUCGGGGCCCAGGAAGGGCGGCGAUUAG